AUGGGACCUCGGGCCCCAAGCCCUCUUCGGGGUGGGGUUCCUCGUCGACUUUGUCCCCCGAGUUCCGAAACGGUCGCCGACCGAAUCCGGCGAGCUGUCCAACCACGAGCUAGCGGCGCGUCAGGCCCUGCUCAAAGCUCGCCCGGCCCGACCCCCAAGGCCCAGGCCCCGAAGCCGUCCGCUCCCUCUCCCAACCCGCAAGCGAACGCGCGACAACACUCGUCGAGGCAGGCGCAGAAUGCGCCGGGCCAACACGCGGCCCAGAACCGGACGCCGCACAAGCCGAAUUGGGGUGGACCGGCAGCGAGGUCGGGAGGCGCGGAUAAGCAGGCGGGCGGAGACGCGAACAAGACGCAGCAGUCUGCGUCUGCAUCGUCCGGGCCAGAGGCCCCCGCAGAUGGCGACGCCCCGUGCGAACGAGUCGCGAGAUUUUGGGACCACUUUGGCGAGAAGCGGCCGGCGGGCAAGGCGGGGACGGCCGCGGGCGCCCAGGGCGAGCAGCAGGACAAUGCCAACUGGAGUAGAUUGCCCCGCCGCGCGCGGAACCCCGCUGGGCAGGCGAGCGCGCGUGCGGAGGAUCGUGGUGCGACGGAUGCUUUUCUGGCUCAGUUGGGUGGUACUGGUGGCGACGCGUGGGGCCAGCCGAGGCAGUCUGGCGCCCGCCAACCGAGAGGAGCUCCCGACAACAACAACAACAACAAAAAGAAGGCCGCCAGGGCCAAGGCACCGGAGCCAACGUGCGGUCAGCAUCGCAAGCCAAUACUACAGAUCCGUGGGGAGAACCUCGCCAAUCAAACUCUCGCCUCCAACGAGAACCUCGACGGGGUCAGGACACCAAGACUGGGCCGAGGCGUGCUUUCGAUGCUCCGGCCGGCGACGCCAGACAGACACCAAGCCCGCGUUAUCAAUCCGAGCCCCCGUCCGCAGUCUCACCCACACCCCGCGAGGCCACGAGCCAGCCAAAAGGCAAAGGCGCGCUCGCGAGGAGGCCGGCGUUUCGACGAUGCCGACGACGGCUACGACGAGGAUAUCGAGAUACUCGCGGAGCAACGGCGCCGCCAAAAGAUGGAAGAAAAGGCCGCGCGGAAGGCCAGGCGGGCAGCUGGGCUCGAGAAUGACGCCAAGGCGCAGAUCUUCCUCCCCGAGUAUAUUGGCGUUACUGCUUUAGCCAGCGCGCUAAAGGUGACUGUGCCCAAUUUCAUGAAGGCUCUUGAGCAGCUUGGCUUCGAAGAGGUCACGGAAGACUCGGUCUUUACUGGCGAGACUGCAGGUCUCGUCGCUCAGGAAUUCGGGUUUGAAGUCACCGUCGACGAUGGUGCGGCGCGCGAUAUCAAACCCCAGCCCGUGCCCGAAGACUGGAGCGCGAUUCCCCAGAGGCCGCCAGUCGUGGCUAUCAUGGGCCACGUUGACCACGGCAAGACCACCCUCUUGGACUGGCUUAGGAAGUCAUCCAUCGCUGCGCAGGAGCACGGCGGCAUCACCCAACACAUUGGCGCUUUUGCCGUGAACUUGUCGUCCGGCAAGUCCAUCACCUUUCUUGAUACGCCCGGCCACGCAGCCUUCCUCAGCAUGAGGCAGCGUGGCGCCGAGGUCACGGAUAUCGUGAUCCUCGUGGUGGCCGCCGACGAUAGCGUCAAGCCGCAGACGCUGGAAGCGCUGAAGCACGUCCGAGAUGCCAAGGUUCCCAUGAUUGUGGCCAUCACCAAGGUUGACAAGGAGGAUGCCCGUAUCACGCAGGUCAAGUCCGAUUUGAGUAAUCAUGGUGUCGAGCUAGAAGAGUACGGAGGUGAUGUGCAGGCCGUCUGCGUCAGCGGCAAGACUGGUCAGGGCAUGGAUGACUUGGAAGAGAAUAUCUUGACCUUGUCUGAGAUACUCGAUGUCCGCGGCGACCCCGAGACUCUCGCAGAGGGUUGGGUUCUCGAGGCUAGCGUCAAGCCCGUUGGCAAGGCGGCGACAGUCCUCAUUAAAAGCGGAACCCUGCGUGUAGGAGACUGCCUAGUGUGCGGCACCGCGUGGGCCAAGGUGCGCGUGCUCAGGAACGAGGCAGGCCAGGAGAUUGACGAGGCGCCACCAGGGACCGCCGUCGAAAUCCUCGGGUGGAGGGACGAGCUUCCCAAGGCCGGAGACCGAGCCCUUCAACCCGCCGACGAAGCGCGGGCGAGGCAAGCGAUUGACUACAGGCGGGAAAUGCAAGGCCGCCAGAAAUCGUCGGACCAGAUUGCCGAGGCGGAGCGGCUUCGACGCGAGGCAGAGGCCAAGGCCGAGCUCGAAUCCGCGGCGGGAGAGGAGGGCGAGAUCGAGGCCGAGCCGGCGAUGAUUACGGUCAACUUCAUCGUCCGCGGCGAUGUCGUGGGGUCCGUGGAGGCCGUGUGCGCGACGAUUCAGGAGAUUGGCAACAACGAGAUCCGUCCCAAGAUCCUUCGCUCGGCAGCGGGUGCCAUUACGGAGUCGGACGUGGAGUACGCAGGCAUGUCGGGGAGCGUCAUUGUCAACUUCAACAACACGAUCCCGGGCCACAUCAAGAACCAGGCGGAAGAGGCCGGGGUCAAGAUUCUGGACCGCAGCGUCAUCUACCACCUCGGAGACGACAUCAAGACGGAGCUAUCGGCGCGGCUGCCCGAGGCGGUGUCGCAGAGGGUGCUGGGUGAGGCGGAGAUCCAGCAGGUGUUCCCUAUCAACAUCAAGGGGCGGGUGUACAAGAACAUUGCGGGCUGUAAGAUUAGGAACGGUGUCAUUCGCAAGGCGGACAUGGUCAGGAUCUUCCGCAAGGGCAAGAAGGUCUUUGAUGGCAAACUCGAGUCCUUGAAGCACGGCAAGAAGGACGUUACCGAGAUGCGCAAGGGCUCUGAAUGUGGCAUGGGCUGCAUCGACUUCCAAGAUCUCCAAGCUGGCGACCAGAUCCAGGCGUACGAGGAGGUUCGCGAGAAGCGGACGCUGUAA